AUGGGGAAGAGGCCGUGGGGGCCGAGGCCGGGGAGCCGGGAACUGGGGGUGGGGCCGGGGUAUGUCGCAGAGGUGGCCACCGCAGGGAGCCUGUUUCCGACCUUUCUACACCCGUUUGUGGUCUCCGCUGCAGUGCCUGUGAACCUUCUGGGGCGGGACAUGCUGGUGAAGCUGGGGGCUUCAAUUUUGUGCAGUGCUGAUGGUUUGGUUGUCACCCUCCCCGAAGGGACCCGCCUGCCAUGUGACGGAGCGACAGGCGGUACGGGGCAGUGGCUGAUGCAACCUGUGUCACAGCACCCAGUGGCUGAUAUCUACUGGGGUCUCCUGCAGCCUAGCCCGGCAGGUAUUCUAGCAGUGUACUCCGCGUGGCACUCCUGGAUAGCCCUCCUGGAACCCUAUGUUCCUCCGCCCGACCCCUCACAUGUGACACUGUUUUAUGACCGUGAUUCCACAGAAUGGUAUGGGGACCUAUUCUCUGAGCAACUGGAAGGCUACGAGUGGCAAGUUGCAUCCCAAAACAUUUAUGUAGGUCCCGAGGGGGUGGCCUCAGCGGUCCACCUGUCUCCUGAGCAACUGCCCUGGUACAGGAUAGGAGAGGAGGCGGUACCACAUGUCUCUCUCGCCCUACAACCUAAGCAUCAGGCCAAACACUUGGUGGUGAAAAGAGCCACUUCGGCUACGGACUGGGUUCCCACCCAGAUCCCACAAAUCUCGUACUCCCUCUCCUGCAGUUCCUACUGUAUUCAAACUAAGGUGACAGACACAGCCCUGUUACAGCAUGAACAGUUGUCUAGAGACCAUGGUAGGGAAAAGAUGGAUCAUCCCAGUGCAGCAGCACUACUGGCUUCCCUGCCAGACUCACUGUGGUCCACCGGCCCAACGGAUGUUGGUUUGGUGGACUGCACGCCCGUCGACUUCCUACUGCGCCCUACGGCAGGACCCCUUUGGGUUAAGCAAUACCAACACAAACCAGCUGCGGAGGAAGGUAUCGCUGAGACUGUUGACGGUCUCUUACGGGCAGGAGUGUUAGAAGGUUCCACUUCUCAGUGGAAUACUCCUAUCCUCCCAGUAGAGAAGGCAGGAACAGGCAAGUAUCGUAUGGCGCACGACCUGCGCGCUAUAAAUGAUCUGCUGCUGACUCCCACUGUUCCAGUCCCUAAUCCCUACGUUGCUCUCACCAAUCUCACUCCGUCCCAGACAUGGUUCACGUGCAUUGAUCUGGCUAAUGCUUUCUUUUCUUUACCACUAGCACCCCACUGCAGGGACGUAUUUUCGUUCACGUACAGGGGAUGCCAGUUCAGGUACACGCGUCUCCCACAGGGAUUUGCUCUGUCUCCCGGGAUUUUCAAUCAGGUGUUGAAGCAGUCGUUGCAGGGCUGCCCUCUCCCCGAUGGGGUCACCCUCGUCCAGUAUGUCGACGACUUGCUUAUCGCGGCUCCAACUGCGGAGGCGGCACUCGAGGCGACUCGGUCAGUGCUCCUCUGGCUGGCAGAAAGAGGAUUCAAGGUCAGUAAGGACAAGAUGCAGGUGGCCAGGACGGUGGUUUCCUUCCUGGGGAGGGUCCUAUCUGGUAAGGGGACAGGGCUCUCUCCGGCCCAUCGGUCAGCCAUCCUGAGUCACCCUAAACCCAUUACUGUGAAGGACACGUUGUCCUUUCUGGGACUGACCGGCUACAGCCGAACUUACAUUGCAGAUUACACAGGUCUGACGCAACCCCUGAGGGCUCUGGUGCGGCCGCAUGGCUUGCGGAGCCUCAGCGCCACUCUGAAGUGGGAUCAACCUGCAGAGGAAGCUGCUGAUUUGGCACUACCUGAUUAUUCUCUUCCGUUCCAUCUAGAUGUUUCUGAAACUGGAGACGUCGUGAACGCCGUUUUGUUUCAGAAAAAGGGGGGAGAGAGGAAGGUAUUGAUGUAUAUUAGCACCAAACUCGACACCACAGAACAGCGACAUCCGUCAUGCACCAGACAUGUGGCAGGAGUGGCAAAAGCCGUGCAGAAAACGGCACACAUUGUGAUGUGCCAUGCCCUACACAUCCUGACCACGCACAGUGUGGUGGCCUUUGUGAACUCACAAACGUAAAUGAUGUCUCUAAGACAGCAGAGGCUCAGCAAAAUUUUAGAAGCACCAAAUUUAACUUUUGUCCAUGAGGGCAUCAACAUGGCUGAUCGAAUGGGGGGAGGAGAACCCCACGAAUGUGAGGCAAGGGUGAGGAAAGAGGAAAAGGUAAGGGAGGACCUCGCAGCCGAAAAGAUAGAAGGCACAGAGGAGUGGUUUACUGAUGGAUGUUGUUUUCGAACAGAGAGUGGAAGUUUGCAAGCAGGUUUUGCAGUGGUAGCAAGAGAGGGCCUGGGAUUUAGGACACUGAAAGCAGAGAGAUUGGAGGGGGCGCAAUUGGCCCAGAGAGCGGAGAUCAGAGCAGUUAUCGAAGCGCUGAAAUUAGCAGAGGGGAAACAAGUCACAAUCUAUUCAGACUCAGCGUAUGUGGUAGGGGCUGUGCAUGUGGAACUCAGCCAGUGGCUGAGGGCUGGAUUCUUAACUGCAGGAAACAAACUGAUUAAACACGAGGCAGAUAUGAGAGAGCUAGCGGAAGCAUUGAUGCUUCCGGAGAGAAUAGCCAUGGUAAAAUGCAAAGGACAUGAGGGGUCAGGGACAGUGAUAGCAGAAGGAAAUCAAGCAGCAGAUGCGGAAGCAAAAUUGGCAGCAGGGUAUGAGGUAAGCAGACAGAUGGUUACGGUAGAAGAGGAACUGGAGGGACAGGACAGGCUGACCUCAAGCAGGAUCCGAGUCAUGCAGGCCCAAGCCUCCCCAGAGGAGAAGAACAUGUGGGUAGAAAAGGGGGGCAUGGAAACAGAGGGACUGUGAUGCAACAACGAGGGGAAGCCAGCCCUCCCUAUGGGACUCAGGCAACAGGUCAUGGAGGAGGCACACGGUGUGGGUCAUGUGGGAGCAGGACAGAUGCUUCACAACUUGAGAGCGUGGUGGCAUCCGUUCCUGAAGGACAUGGUGAAGGAGUAUGUGA